AUGAAGAGACUUCUCCCUAUAGCUGUGAAGAGACUUCAUUCUUCAUUUGAGAAUACACAUCCUAAAAGCUUUAUGAAUGAAGUAAGGGCAUUGAUUGGGAUUAAGCACCGAAACAUCAUGAACCUCUACGGCUACUGUUUGGAUACAAAAAACUCAUUAUUGGUUUACGAGUAUGUAGACAUGGGGUGUUUGUCUAGUAUUUUGAGCAAUAAAGUUGAGUCCAAGAAAUUGGAUUGGCUUAAAAGGGUGAAUAUCAUCAAGGGUGUUGCUUUUGCUUUAUCUUACAUGCAUCAGGAUUGCUCACCACCGAUUGUUCAUCAUGACAUAUCAAGUAGUAAUGUUUUGCUUGAUUCCAAGUAUGAAGCUCGUGUUUCAUAUUUUGGUAUAGCUAAGUUUCUCAAACCAGACUUGCCUAAUUGCACUGCUCUUGCAGAGCUUGCAUAUACAAUGAAGGUUACACAAAUGUGUGAUGUCUAUAGCUUUGGAGUAUUAGCAUUGGAGAUAAUCAAAGGAAAGCAUCUUGGGGAAUACAUUACUGUGCUAGCAAAUUUGUCCACUAGAGAUCAUGUGCAACUUAGAGAUUUGUUAGACGAACGCCUUCCAUAUCCUGAAGAUAGAGUAAAAGAGGUUUUGGUUUUUAUCAUCAAGCUAGCAAGUUCUUGUUUGCUUGAAACUCCAAAAUCAAGGCCAACAAUUAAUGCAAUUCAUCUCUAA